AGGUCGUCGAAGCACCACCUAUCCAUACAGAUGACAUCACCGACGAUCCCUGCCUUUUGCAUUCCCAUGCUAUCGGAGCGAUGAUCCCUUCCCAUUGUGUCGCUUCCCCUCGACCCAGAAAACCGCCAGUCCAAUCCCCACGGAGGGAGGGAUGGCAAGUGUCGUAAAACCGGGUCCCCGUCUCCCCGCGCAAAACCACAGCAAUCAGGGUCCUCGCAGGGCCCUCGCAAAAGCCGAGAAAUUGCCGCAGCCUGACGCAAAAGAUCCAGACCGACGUGCUGGACCGCGGAAAACGACUGAUCGACACUCCCUUGCCCGCAAAGCAGAAUUCCGUCGUUCCGAAGCUGGGGGCCGGUACUGUAGUCAUCCCCAUGCAGGGCGAAAAACAAGCCUUUUUUGCUCGCGCGGGAAGCGUGGGCGUUGCAUGCGGGCGGUGUGGCUGAGGAGCCUGAGUCAACGAUUACCACCGUGUCGCGAACCCUGCAUUCAGAUCAACUUUUUCGAAUCAGAUAAGUCAAACGAAAACAACAUCGCGGAUACGACGAAGAAACCAAUAUCGCUAAAGCUGCCGGUCGCUGACAUAAGUUAUUACAAGUACAUUUGCGGCCCCUUUGGCCCCCCCCGCCCGCCCCUGGCUCCGCCGACCCGCCGACAUGGUAACUCCAGCGUAGGUACAGUAUCGAUCUUUUCAGAAUUAGGAAGGUGUGUCUGUGCUGCUGAUGGGAUUGUGGGGGGCCGAGACCUUCAUGGGCCCUUCGACGCGGUUAUAUGCCCUUGCUCUUUUGUCGUUGUGGCCUGCAUGUGACUGAGAGGCUAGGCGUUGAGGAGAGUGCGCCGGAAUUGCGGGCGCGACAUGUUGCAAUCCCUGUUGGCGGCUGGAAUGUUCCGCGAGACGGCGCCGGCGCCGGCGC